AGCAUCUUAAGAAAUAGCCUACACAAUUUAGUUUUUCUUCUUAACUGGAGUUUUUUUAAGCUUUUGGUCAGCGAGAAGGGUUACUAGAAGACAUCUGAAUCGUUUCAUAACCAAACCCAGAUGCAUCGCCAUUGCUUGUGUGUGUGUGUACGUGUGUGACUGCGUAGCCUAUGUGUGUGUUCAUCUGCGUGUGGACGAGACAGAGAGAGAGCGAGAGAGAGAGUGAGAGUGUCUGUUUGCCUCCCUUUCCGAAAAGGAAAGAACCAAAAAAACUAUUGGACGUACUUUUUGCCGUGCAACUUUUUUUAGGAAUGAACGCCGAGACGUGCGUUUCAUACUGCGAUAUGACAUCCAUGGAUUCAUAUUAUAGUCCUUCUGUACCCCAAGGUAGGGAUCAUCCGACGAACCCUUUUAGGACAUUCCAAGCGAGUGACACCAAAUACAGCUCCACUUUCCUGCCCAACAAAGGUCAGGCUUACGGAGAAAAGUCACGGAGCCCAUUCCAGGAGUGCCAGUCAUUGGAUCCCAUAGCUGGUGAAGGCACCUUUAACAAAUAUCACCUCUACAUGCAGAGGUCCUCUUGCAAAACUCCCCCCGAAGGCGGUAAACUGCACCAGGAAAGCGGACACAACGGAGCGCUCAUCCCUUGCUAUGGUAAAGACAGCUCAGGGCUGACCGAUUCUGACCUGCCCCCGACCUCUGACGCCUCUGGGAUGGACGGCAGUUACCUGGGUGUGAAGGACCAGGGAGUGAAGGGACCCUCCGACAGGCCCGGCAGUGACCUGGCCAGCGCCAUGGACAAAGGCGAGGGCGAGAGCAACAAAGGCAAGAAGCGACGCAACCGCACCACCUUCACCUCCUACCAGCUGGAGGAGCUGGAGAAGGUGUUCCAGAAGACCCACUACCCUGACGUGUACGCCCGCGAACAGCUGGCGCUCAGGACCGACCUCACGGAGGCACGCGUACAGGUGUGGUUCCAGAAUCGCAGAGCUAAAUGGAGGAAGAGAGAGCGCUUCGGGCAGAUGCAGCAGGUCCGAACACACUUCUCCACGGCGUACGAACUGCCUCUGCUCACCCGGCCAGAGAACUAUGCACAGAUCCAGAACCCAUCGUGGAUUGGUGGCAGUAGUGCUGCUUCCCCCGUCCCUGGCUGUGUGGUGCCCUGUGACACCGUCACCUCCUGCAUGACCCCUCACCCCCACGCCAGCAGCGGUGUGUCUGACUUCCGCGUGCCCAGCCCUGGGGGCCACAUGGGACAGACACAUAUGGGCAGCCUGUUCGGGGGGCCCCAGGGGGUGGGCACGGGCAUCAACGGAUACGACCUCAACAUGGACCCUGACCGCAAGUCCUCCAGCAUCGCCGCUCUGCGCAUGAAGGCCAAGGAGCACAGCGCUGCCAUCUCCUGGGCAACAUGAUGCCCCGGAGCGGGAAGGACAGGGGGCCCCUUGGAGCCUCAGGAGCCCCAGAGUCCAGACCAACCCAUCCACGACAGAGAUAGGUGGCGAUCUGUGUGCCACUGUAACAGCAAUAGUGAUGACCUAGAAUAAUGAUGACAAAAGCCAUAGAAAAGCCCAUAGCCAGCUGCUGGGUGCUGCAACUAACUGAAGAGGCAUGGACAAGCCUUUGGCCUCAUUGCCUUAUGAAUUUACACAGUGGACUGGUCGUGUGAGGGACGACAAUUACAGUUUAAGUAGCAAUCUUUCCAUCAGAAGACAAACGGAUUGGCGGCUUGCUGGGAACAACUUCUGGUGCAGUGAUCAUAAUUUCAACUAAGGAAAACCAAAGGAAAAAAGUUGAUUCAAACCAAUCCCUGCACUUAUUCACAACAUACAGGAAAUGCUGUAACACACAUAUUAUUGAGUGCUGAAAUGGCUUUUCUGUUCAGGUGUUGUUAUAUUUGAUUGUUCUUUUCUAGUAUUUAAGUUUUAAGUGUGUUUUUCUCUGGAUAAUUUAGCUUUUGGUUUUGUCACAGAAUCUAUCCUCCCUCAAAGCACAUACAUAUUAAUGCAGGACUUAUGCAGGAUAUCUCAACACAAACUUUGGACUAGAACAGAUUGAACUAACAUCUCCACAAUGUCUUGGUAACAGUCAAAUCCAAAAUAAAGCACAAAGACUACUUUUUCAUAGGUAAAAUAAUAGAAAAUAUCAGAACUGUCCACGAGAGAUGAAGAGAUGAAGAACAUUGUUUAUUUUCAGUGUCUGGGACACAGACAGUCAGACAGACACAGAAAGACAGACCCUUGACAGAUAGACUGCCCCUGCCUGUUACAGGGCUGCAGGAGCCUGAAGUGGUGAG